GCUGUGUUUCUGAAUGAGAUCCGGGCAAGGUUCUACACCGCGUUCCAAAUUCCAAAUUCGAACUGGGACUUCAUUCUUUCAUUCAGAGGUUUUAACAUUUCCUUGGAUUUAUUCGAACAUUGUGGAGAAUAUUUGUGUUGCAACAAUUUUUGAAUUUUGUUGGAACUUAUUAUGUGGUUCCGUGUUGCCCAUAUUUUCCAGACUUUUGCUGGGCAUUGCAGACUGCAGUUAAAGACUUGUGUGAAGAACAAAGUGCCUUUGAUCAGAUGCCAAUUUAUGCCACACCACAGGAUGCUGGUUUUAACAUCAUGCACAAAGAAUGAGGAAAAAAAAGUCAGCCCUGAUAAAUUAGACCUAGAUAUUUGGAAGACUAUCAUGAAAGAAACUGCAUCAGAAGCUCCCAAAACAUGCCCCUCUGAAGAUCCUGUGGAUGCAUCCUCUGCUGCUACAAGAGAAAUGGUUCAAAUGUGGCGACUGGCUGGAAAGGCUGUGCCAGAGAACAUAACUGAAGAGCAACUGAGCAUAGUUCAAGAACUACCUUCCAAAUCUGCAAAGAAAAAAUAUCUGAAGUAUCUAGCUAUCAAAGAAGGCAAAAAGAAAGCAACAAAGGAGAAACGAAAAAUAAAACAAGAAGGAGCAGAGUCUCUUCAAAAGGAAAAAGAAAAUGGUGGAGGAAUUGAAUUAAAGAACACAUUCCUUUUACAAUUCUGGCAGCGGUCUUUUGAUGUAAUGUACAAUUGGAGGGCUGCACAGUCUAUGCUGUUUGGUCAGCCACUGGUAUUUGAUAUGAGUUAUGAAAGAUACAUGGCACGUCGAGAAAUGGAGAACACUGUCUCUCAGCUACUGGAGUCUGAGGGGUUCAACAGAAAAUCUUUAGACCCAUUCCACUUAUAUUUCUGUAACAUGAUGCCAGAGGGAUCAUAUCAUAAGGAGCUUUUGAAACGUUAUGGAGAUGCCUGGGAUAGACUCUUGAUAACAGUAACAGAAAAGUCGUAUGUUGACAUUUUUCCCAAAGACAAGCUUGUGUACUUAACUGCAGAUUCACCUUCUGUAUUGAAGAGUUUUCAGCACGAUAAAAUCUACAUCAUUGGGUCAAUUGUUGAUAAGUCAAUUCAGACAGGAUUGUCCCUUGCAAAUGCAAAGCGUUUAAAGUUGGCAACUGCACGUCUUCCUUUGGAUGAGUAUUUGAAAUGGGAUGUUGGUGCAAAAAACCUUACAUUAAAUCAAAUGAUCAGCAUUUUGCUCACUGUGAAAGAAACCGGUAACUGGCAAGAAGCUCUCAAAUUUGUUCCGAAAAGAAAACAUGAAGGAUUUUUUCCAGUUCCAGAACAGAAAUACUGCAAUCAAUUUAAAAAUCACCAGAACAAGACAAGAAUUGACAAUGGACCAGUAAAGAAAGCCAGGAGGCAAAAGUCAACUUUAAGUUUAAAUCAAGGUGUAGAAAAAUCAUCAGAUAAAAAAAGAUGGUGGCUGAUUGAAGAUUAAAGAUCCUUAAAACAUUUUGAAGUACUGACUUGCCUGGAAGAAAUUAGUACACUGAUUUUCAUAUUGCAUUGAAAUAUCAGAAGAUGCAAGUCUGACUAUUGUGCAUACCUGUCCACCACUGUGUGUUGAUUCUAGAUGAUAAUUGUGAGAAAAAAACUAUAAUAAAAAUUGUAUAUUUAGCUCA